GUUCGCUCACCCGCCUAACUAACCGCGUCCGGUUAGGGGCUCUUUAGGCACUUCUCCAGCGCCAUUAGGCGGUGGUUGCGAUUAAGGGACUGCUUAAAAGCCUGCUUUAGCGCCUGCCAUUUGGUGGGCAAUGGUCAAUUGGGUCGGGGCCAUGGAUGGGUCUUUAUCUCUGCUCAAGUUCUUUUCGCAGUCCCCUCCUACUACUGCUAGUACUACAUCGUGAUACAUCUUCCCUAGAGCUCUUUCGAAAGCAAGCUACACAUACGCUACGAGCGAACACAGUCACUGCUGCUUUGCUAUCUGCCGAACCAUCUCAUAUCUCACCACUGCCAGGGUCAACGCUUGGACAUUCCAAGAGCCCGUUCUAGAGGGCACGCGAGCACUUGAGCCUUUGUCUGCUCCUGGAGGACCAUUUCCUCUCACCAUGACAUCGACUCCGCGAGAAGAUGGGGUACAAUCGCCCGCCGUGGGCGUCGGGCCAGCCUACCGGCCUGCGGAGGAGAAGCCCACGGCGACGGUUUCGAGAGAUGUACCGCACGAGAACGUGCAUGUUCUCCCUCAAACACCACAACUGAUAGCCUUAUUGACUAUGAUCCGCGACAAAGACACUCAACGAGCCGACUUCAUCUUCUACUCGAACCGUAUCAUCCGGCUGCUUGUCGAAGAAGGCCUGAACCACCUCCCGGUGGUGGCACAUACCGUGACGUCGCCAGUGGGCAAGGACUAUGUGGGUGUGAAAUUCGAGGGCAAGAUCUGUGGCGUUUCCAUCAUGCGGGCGGGGGAAUCUAUGGAGGAAGGGUUGCGCGAAUGCUGCCGGUCGGUGCGCAUAGGCAAGAUCUUGAUCCAGCGCAACGAAGACACCAGCCUGCCCAAGCUGUUCUACGAGAAACUGCCUCCCGAUAUCAGCAAUAGAUGGGUCCUCCUACUCGAUCCCAUGCUUGCGACAGGUGGCAGCGCAAUCAUGGCCGUCGAGGUUCUAAAGAAUCACGGCGUGCCCGAGGAUCGAAUCUUGUUCUUGAACUUGAUCGCAAGCCCGGAAGGUAUCAGGAACUUUGCGAAGAAGGUGCCAAAAGUGCGCGUCAUUACGGCUUUUAUCGACCAAGGGCUGAAUGACCAGAAUUAUAUUGUCCCUGGUCUGGGCGAUUUCGGCGAUCGCUACUACACGCUUUAAUUCCAAUGGAUUGACGAAACAUUGAAGGCUACUGCUGGAGCGAUAAUUCCGACAAUUAUACCUGGAUCGAAGAUAUGAGUGGCGCUUGAACCGGCUGCUCUUGAGCAAAUGCCGCAUAAGAACGAGCAGGAAAUACUGCUAUCUGAUGGCCCCCGUCUACAGCUCACAUUCGGCGUCCACCCAGUUCACACAAGACUCGACGCGGGGCCUAAACAGGGGUCGGCUUUCGGCACUGAUUGUGAAAAACAGUCUUAAAACGGUGGCAUACUACUGUGUUAGUAAUGCCACUAUUCCCAUCGCCAACAAUCACAGCACAAUCAUGGUUACGGACCUACCCAGGGAGAAAGCGACGAAUGGGCAACAAGCCACCGUACAUACGUUCGCGCGGAGCACAUCAAAUCCAAGCUGCGGGACUCGCAUAGACCUAACACAACGAGUUUCGAUUUCUGAACUGCAGUGGCUGUGUUGAAUGCAACAAGUCCGGCUCUGUGUCUCUUUUUCAAUGGACACCACUCUGCUCCAGAGUUGAGAAAAUAUACCUAUCAUGUCUUCAAGUUUGGCCUAGCGUAGCCUUGCCAGAUCAUAACAUUGCCAUACUCAUAGCAAUUGUACAAUGCAGAUGGCUGCUUUUCUCUUGUUUUCUUUUCUUCCCUGGCUCUCGAUGCGAUAAACCACCCAUUCAUCAUGAUUCACUUCCAUUUUUUCGCCGUUUGUUUCCAUUCUCUCUCCUAGUCCACGUUCCAUAUCCCUGUUCGCCUUGUCUAUAUGUAACACUUCAAAUUUCAGGACUCCAACUCAAGGUCCUAGUAUCCCAACACCGCACUCGCCAAUCAGUAGCCCAAUUCGCUACC